AUGAAGGGUAAAAAUCCAUGGGCCAAUGCUGCCAACGCAGGACAGGACAAAGACGGGAUAUUAUCUAUCUACACGAAAGCAACGCUGGAUUCCAGGCAGAAAACGCCGGCGUUAAACGGUUUCAAAAGUGCACACAGCAGCUCUAAAGAUAAAAGAAAAGAGACGAAGCAUCAGAAGUCAAAAACAGAAGAACUGACGAUCUGGAGGCCCAAGAGCCAAAACGUCUAUUCCCGAACGAAGCCCGGCUACUGUGGCAUAAAACGGUUGGACGAAGAGCCAGAGGAAGACGAAAAAGAGAUGGGAGGGAGAAAAAGGAAUGAAAUGAAUCUUCUUCAUCCUGCAGAGGAUGAUGGCUGGCCCGUUACAAGUCGACAUGCCAAUCCAGGUGUCAUAUCCAUCCCUCCCUCCUGGAAUCAGCUUAUAUAUGCUGCAUGA